AUGGAUCAGACAUGUCUUUCAAACCCUUGCCUGCAUGGAGGAACUUGUGAGGAGACAGAAAUUGGAUUCUCUUGUAUCUGCACCAAUGGUUACGAGGGUAACAGAUGCGAGAAUGACACGAAUAUCCUGUCUGUGAAGCUUCUUGGUGAUAAUGUAUCCGAGGGACCACUCGCUCUGACAUCCCGUCCGCGCUCUAACAAGUAUGUCUUAAUACAUCAACAACAAUGGAACAUGAAUCUUUCUCAGCUGGCAUGUCAGUACCUAGGUUUUAAAGGAGUAUUUGCUACUAUAAGCGGUGCGCUGUAUGAUUUCGUCGACCCCCCUUCUCAGGUUGUAUCAGUGGUGUGUCCUGAUGACGUCAUGAACAUAACUGAUUGCUGGUACGAGACUAGAGUUGGUGGAAUCAACGAAAGCGAGACGAUAGCCGUAAUAUGUUGCCCUGUGAACUCGUGUAAUGUAUCUGGUAGACCUCUCGGCCUUGAAAGUGGUGCGUUGCCGGAUUCGGCAAUAUCUGAGUCGGGUUGCUUUGGAACUAACCUGCACUGCGGUCGUUCUGGUCGGUUAAACGCUCUGUCUACCUGGAUUCCAUACUAUUCCAAUGAGUAUCAAUGGAUGCAGGUCCAACUCGAGUCAAGUUAUAUCAUAACGGCUGUAACCGUUCAGGGAAGGCACAACUACAAUCAUUGGGUCACAUCAUUUGUCGUUUCUUCUAGUCUGGACACCAUUACUUGGACUGAUUAUCUAAGUGUGUACUCUGGAUCAGUCGAGGUAUUUCCAGGAAAUUAUGACAAAGAUAGCCACGUGACUCAUAUGUUCAUUAGACCAAUCGCUGGGCGAUCUUUUCGGAUUCAUCCAAAGACAUUCUACGGACAUAUAGCUAUGAGGAUGGAACUAUUUGGGCUUGGACCUGUAACAGAUAUCAUUGCGGCACUCAACAUCGAUGGAAAACAUGGUUGCCGUCCUCUGCUAGGCGAGGGGCUCGGCGUAGAAGACGGUCGUAUACCAGACAGCAGUUUAACUUCUUCAUCGGUCUGGGGACCUGGUCAUGAACCGUACAGAGGAAGACUUAACAAACCCGAAUUUUCAGGCAGUGUUGGGGCAUGGGUCGCCGUACAUGCGGAUAGCAACAAAUGGGUGAAAGUUGAAUUAAACAAUGAAACUUUGGUUACUGGCGUAAUCAGUCAAGGACGAGCUAACGAAGCUGGUCAAAUGGUCACGUCAUUACAUAUCUCAUACUCCAGGGACAAUACCAAUUGGAUCUUUGCACUGGAAGACCAAUGUGGCGUGAGAAAAACAUAUGCAGGAAACUUCGAUGCAAACUCGCAUGUGACGAUAUUGUUCCCUCAUCCUGUAACUGCUCGAUUUGUCAGAUUUCAUCCUGUAACGUUCCAAAAUCAUGCGUCAAUGAGAUUUGAAGUACUCGGUAUUAACAACUAAUCUAGUUUAUAACUAGUUUAUAACCAUAUAUUUUUUAUAACCAUAACUAUUAUUUUUAAAUCGCCAAUACCUAUUUGGACACUUUUCAGAUGUUUUUCACGCUCUCCCUGAAAUGCAUACCCACUCACACGCACACUUAUUGAAACAUCAAAUGCAUAGAAACAAUACACACACAUAUGUCAGUGGGGACUCGGUUUGUCAGUUAAUGUGGGGAUGUGUGUGCGUGGUGCCAUGCACUCGAUAUCCUGAAUUUAAUCCACAAAACCGAGCUAAUUUUUGGACAUAGUAAAAACAAACGUAAACAUACGCGUUAAUUACUUCCCGAAAUCUGACCCCAUAUAUAUAUAUAUAUAUAUAUAUAUAUAUAUAUAUAUACAUACGUAUUUAAAGUAGCGGUCACACCGCCAGAACUUUGCAGGAGUGGUCCUUGAACGGUCGGGAGAAGGGGUCGAAUUUCGACAACGCUCGUCACCGCGCGCAAAAUGAACAAAAAAAUCGAAAACACAGGCGUUGCCUUAUCGGUGCACCGCUGAAGCCGGCGUUGCUUAAGCGUUGGUUUCAAACUAGCGAUCGUUGUUUAGCGGUGACACCUCCAUACCAACGGCAAACCAAAGUUCAUCACCGCAAAGAAUCGUUGCAUUCAACGCCCGACACCGUUCCAUCAAUCCCGUGUACGCUCGUAAAACGGAUACAACCGCUAUACCAAAGUUUGUGCAACAUUUACUCACCGCAGCGGUAGUCCAGCUUUCAAGAUUUCUGCGUUGGCCUAGCGGACCCAAUCGUUCAUGAACUUGCGUCUAGCGGUGCCAAACUUUGACUGGGCGUUGUUGGAGCGGGGGUUAACUUUGCAGAAGUGGAAAAUUGACCGCUCCUCUUUUGCGUCACCCGGGCAUGUGGUUCCGAAAUUAAGGAACAUUAUGCGAGUGCAUGUCAGACCAAAAUUUGC